AUGGCGUGCGGCGGGCAAUACGAAAAGGCGCUCGACCAGCUGCAGAACUCAAGAAGUGGUCUGACUCAAGGUGUCUUGAAGCUUCAGCAACGGGUCUUGAUCUUCGAAAUGCUGGUGUUGCUCAAGAAGAGCGUACAUGCCGAGGACUUCGACGCGGCAGACCACUACCUCGAACAGCUUCGCUCUGCCCGCACCCACGCUGACACGGAGAUCACCUUCGAGAUUACUCUUCUUGAAGUCGAGCUUCUGUUGAGGAAGAAAGACUACAAGACUGCCCUUGACAUCAUCAACAACAAGAUCAAGCAGCUGAAGCAGAAUCCAAGAUCUGACGUCGCACACACCCUCACCCUCCUCGUGCAAAAAUCCCGCAUCUUCGCCGCCGCCUCCGAACCCGCCAAGGGCCUCUCCAUCUGCCUCCGCGCUGCUUCCACUGCGCAGCAGCUCAUGCUUGUGAAGGUCAUGGUGGAGGCAAUCGCGGCGCUUGGGGCGAUCUUGACAGCGUUGCGGGAAUUUGGGGCGGCGAGAGGGUUGUUGGGGGCGGGGUCUGCUUUGGUAAGUGCUCUUUUCUUCGGCCCGCUGGUGUUGGUUGGGGACUAG